AUGAACCGGAGUUUCAACAAAUCUCAGACUCUGCGGUAUCUGGAGUGCAGCGCGGUGGAAGUGAAGAGUAAGUUUGGGGCAGAGUUCAGAAGGUUCUCUCUGGAUCGCUACAAGCCAGGAAAGUUUGAAGACUUCUACAAACUAAUUCUUCACAUUCAUCACAUAGCCAACCUGGAAGUGAUGAUUGGAUAUGCUGAUGUGCAUGGAGACCUUCUCCCUAUUAAUAAUGACGACAACUUCUUCAAGGCUGUUUCAAGUGCUCAUCCACUGCUCAGGGUCUUUAUCCAAAGACAAGAUGAAGUGGACUACAGCAAUUUUGGGACCAAUACGCUGUCGAGGAAGAAGAAGGCUCUGGUGACACUGCGCAAUGACAACCUCCGCCGGCGUCCCCACAUCAACAUUAGCAUGCCUCAUGAUUUUAGACCAGUGUCUUCCAUAAUCGAUGUGGACAUUCUCCCUGAAACACACAGGAGAGUGAGGCUGUAUCGGCACGGGUGUGAGAAACCCUUGGGAUUUUACAUUCGCGAUGGCACCAGCGUAAGGGUGACUCCUCACGGACUGGAGAAAGUACCUGGUAUCUUCAUCUCCAGGAUGGUUCCUGGUGGCUUGGCAGAGAGCACAGGCUUGCUGGCUGUGAAUGACGAAGUCCUGGAAGUUAAUGGUAUUGAAGUAGCAGGAAAGACUCUUGACCAAGUCACAGACAUGAUGAUUGCCAACAGCCAUAAUCUCAUUAUCACGGUCAAGCCAGCCAACCAGAGGAACAAUAUUAUUCGGAGCAGUAGGAUGUCUGGUAGCUCUGGCCAAUCUACAGACAGCACUGCGAGUCACCAUAGCUUGCCUACAUCCCACGUGCUGCAGAACUUCCACCCUGAUGAAAUGGAGAGUGACGAAGAGGCUGACAUUGUCAUCGAGGGUGGUCUGGAGCCACAACACAUUCCUAAACUGCACAGCCUUACUUCCAGUAGCCUCUCUCGAAUCAAUGGCAGCAGCCUUAGCCACAGACUUCAAAGGGACCUGGUGCUCAACAACAACUCUGGCCGAGAAAGUAACGGCAACAUCCACAAAUUGCUCAGUUCCUUAAAAACUGAUCCUCGACACAGUCUGGUUAUCCCCAGAGGAGGUAUUGAGGAGGAUGGAACAGUCAUUACACUUUAG